AUGCAUACAUUUUUGCUCAUGGUUGUGUGGGCUAUACUGAGUGGCGGCAGCUGUGACACCCAGCAAGCAGAUGUCGAGACACUCAUGGAUAAUGUUGUGGUCCUGAGGGUGCCCUCUUUUACGGGUAGCAUGGUUCACGUUCCUUUGACCUGCGGAGAAGCUUUUCAGAAUGUGUUUUGGAAGAAAAAUGGUCAGGAGCUCAAUCCGCCUCUGCAGGGGAACCAAGUCCAGGUCCUGGUGGAGGAGAUGAAAGGAGGAAACUACACUUGCCACCUCAGUCCAAGUGGAGAAUACCUGAACCACACUAUGAUCUUAAUCCAGCUUAAUCCAGACAACAGGACGGUCAUAUUGGAAAACAAAGAAGGAGGUCACAUCCACUGCUCGGCACCAAACUAUACAGGAUCCUUUCACUGCUCCUGGAAAAGAACAGCGCUCAGAUCUGAUGCCAGUGUGGUUUUGGUAAAGGCCGAACGUUUUACUGAAGAUAUCCCCUGUGAGCUGGAUGCUGAUGCAUCAGGGGUUCGCUGCCAGGAUGCCCACUGCCCAUACAAAGAGGAGCAACAUCGCAUUUCCCUCACCGUUUACAUACGCAGCCAUGCUCGUUUGGAGGCCUACACAAAGUCUUUCUACCUGAGAGAAAUCGUGAGACCGUCAAAACUCCCUAACCUGCACAUCAGUGAUGGGAAGGUGUUCAGCUGGGACUACCCUGAUACUUGGGAGAAACCCUGCACCUUCUUUGGCCUACAGUUUGAGGUCAAGCUGGUGCACAGUGGACACCCCUGCAACAGUGACAAUCAAAUAAUUAAUAUCACCACUGAUGCAACCAAAUACGAGGUUGGCGUUAAGACCAAGAAGUAUGUUUUCUGUGUGCGAGCUCAGGACAAGUUCACCAGAGGGCCGUGGAGCCACUGGAGUCAGUGCACAGUGAACAAACAUAACGUGGCAUGCUAAGCGUUAGCCGCUGGACUCUGCUGCCGCACCAGAAAGAGGAAAACAGUUUUUAAAAAUAUUGUAAUUCAGAAG